UUGGUGUCGCUAAAACUCCAGGUUUGCGUCACGACCUCUCCAUUACCACAUUUCCGGUUCAGAAACAGUCCCUUUCCCGUUGUAAACACAUCGCUUGGGUGGUGGUGUGUCUGACAGUUAUAAAUAAUUAAAAACAAGUUAUCUUGCAUUUUAAAAAAGCUCGUUAGCAUACAGUUUAUCUCUAAGAAUGAAGAAGUUUUUCGACGACAUCAAGAAAGACAUCAAGUUCAAGUCAGCAGGGCCAGGGAAGAAACUUACAGAUGAAUCAAGCUCUAAACCUCAGGCCUCACAGGCUUCUCAUGCAGCGUCCAGGAAGGCACCGACAGCGGGAGCACAGAUGGCAGGGGCCGCGGCCCUCGCCAGGAUCGAGCAGCAGCACCGGCCCAAGGUGCACACGUCCCAGGAUGCCAUAAGAAAUCAGGUAAAGCGAGAACUGGAAGCAGAGGCGGCUGCCGUAGUGGCCAGUCUUAAGAACACAGAGAUCGAGGGCUCGGCUGUUCCACAGAGGGAUUCAUCGUCUUUCUCAGUGUCAGGAGUUUUCUUCACCUGUCCUCUUACCGGAAAAACCGUCACAAAGGCUGAAAGAGAGUUGCACAUCAAAGAAGCCAUUCUAAUGAGAUUCUCAGAGGAUGCGAUAGAGGCCUCCAUUAUGAUGAUUCACACCUUUAACAAAGACAAAGAGAAAGUCAAAGCUGCCAUCGACAUUAUUAGCAAGUAUAUCGAAAACAUCUGUAAGAACCCAACUGAGGAAAAGUACAGGAAGAUCAAAGUUGGCAACAAAGUGUUUCAGGAGAAGGUCAGUGGGAUUGAAGGAGCUCGAGAGUAUCUGCAGGCUCUGGGCUUUGAAAGCAGCACGCUGCCGAUUGAUGGAGAAGAAAAGACUGAGGAUUUCCUGGUGUUGCCUGAGCAGGAUUCGGAUGCUCUGGAGCAGAUGAAGAUUCAUCUGGAGCGGCUGCAGAAAGGCGAAGCAGUUCGAGCCAAGCUGGACCGUCAGCUGCAGGUCUUCAGGCCAUCCCAGAACGCCACACACUUUGAGCUGCCGCCAGACUUCUAUAACCUCAGCGCAGAGGAGCUGAAGAAGGAACAACAGCUGAAGAGUGAAAUGGUGGAGAGAAACGCAAUGCUGCGAACGAAAGCCAUGCGCGAGAAAGACGAGCAGAGAGAGAGACGGAAAUACAACUAUGCGCUUUUGAGAGUGAGGCUACCAGAUGGAAAUAUACUCCAGGGUACUUUCCUGGCAUGGGAGCGUUUGUCAGCACUGUACCAGUUUGUGCGCGAUUCGCUGGAGAACGACUGGCAACCCUUUGAGCUGAUGGCACCCGGAGGACAAAAACUGAAGGAUGAUGAAGAGACGCCCAUCAAUGAGUGCAAUCUGGCCCCGGCAGCUCUUCUGACCUUCUCCUGGGACGCUGCAGUGCAGGCCGACAUCGCCGCUGCCGGAGGAAAGACUGCAGUUCUGCUAAAACAAGCUCUACUAGAGAACAUCAAGAGCCUCAGCUGAACAUUAAGCCUCCAAAUGUCACUGCUGACCCCCGCAUACAUCUCUUGCUGCUCCCAGUGAGUCUCCCAUCAUAAACAAUCCCACACGGUUUCACAGGACGGGCCUGAUUCAAUUGCGCAUGUGGAUUUUAUACGGUGCUAAACACACUUUGACUUUGUCCUGUCAUAUGAUAUGAGGAGCGUCAGCACCUUAAGGGCCAAUUUCCAAGCAUUCUGUCCUGUUGUAAUGCAUUCUUGCUUGAGGUAACAUGAAUAGUCGUCAUGUGAUGAAGCAAGUUGCUCGAUUUGUGUGAUUGGAAAUGCGGAUCUGUUGCACUUUUUAGCUACAGCUGAGAGAGAAGUGUUGAUGUAACGUAAAAUCAGAAGCACUGUUUAAAGUUGAGCACUACCAAGUUUAGGUUGUCUUUUGUGUUGUAUUAAUGUUUGGUUUCCUGCCUAACGCAUGAAUGUUUUAAUGCAAGCUUAAUUACACACAGCUCUGGUCUUUAACAACGAUCUACCUCCUGAUGCUAAUAAACAUCCGCUCGUUUAAGCUGUC